CUAAGUCUGCUAGGAACACCAAUAAGCGAAAGGAUGGCAGUCUCUAUCUUGCUCAAUUCACUGCACAGUGGGUUUGGUCGCUUCAAGCAACUAUACCUAAGUGAACCAAGAGAAGAAACAGUUGCAGAAUUUGUUCACCUUGUCAGAAAGGCUGAGAUAAUACUGGACUGUGAAGCCAAAGAUUUACUCAAGGCUAAAGGGAGACCGUUCAAGAAAAGUGGAAAGUCCAAGGGCAAUGCUAAAUCAAAGCAGGACAAGUCCACAUCAAGCUGUCUUUAUUGUGAUGGAAUAGGCCAUUACAAAAGAGAAUGUCCAAAGCUAAAGGAAGAUCAGAAGAACGGAACAGUCGUUCCAUCUUCAGGGACUAAGAAGAAGUAGAAAGUUAAGCAAGGGUGAAGUCGACCUACGAGUGGGAAAUGGAGCACGGAUUGCUGCAUUAGCUGUAGGAACUUAUUAUUUGUCGUUGCCCUCUGGGCUAGUUUUGGAACUGGAAG